AUAUAUUCUACUUAUCUUCACUUAUUCCAUCAGUAAUGCCAGGAAGGCCAGAAUACAUGCUUCAAAUGCAGACUGUGAGUACUCCUCCACCUCCUCUUGCACCAGCUGACGAGAGAUCAUACAGAAAGAUUGGAUCUUUCCCACCACAACCACAGUUUCAAGCUGAAGUUAAAGCACCUUCUUCAAAUAACACUUAUGUAUGUAUCGGAUCAGCACCACCAACCUACUACACCCUUCCAGUAAUGCGUGCACCAUCACCAUUAGCUGCCCGAAAUGAACCAGCAUCAGUAAUUGAUACUCCUUAUCAAGGAUCGAAGUUAGUUGGUCCAUCUCACUCUGUCCGUAUGCCGGUCAUCAAAUGCCGGUCUCCUGCUCAACCGAUAAAUAUUUCUGGAAUUGAUGCAUUCUCUUGGCACAAUACUUUGGGUGAUCCGCGAAGUUACUCGCCGAAGCCAUCCUUAUUCAUGCAAAGACAGCAUUUGCAUCAGGCAGCAUCUCCAAAGAUGUCACCAAAGACAAUGACGGGAACGGGAAGAAAAGUACGAGGUGAUGGUAAGAAAUGUCGCAAGGUGUAUGGGAUGGAAAACCGUGAUAUGUGGUGUACAGCAUGCCGGUGGAAAAAGGCUUGUCAGAGAUUCCCGGACUGAUUUUCUAUUUUCAAUUUAUUCCAUGUAUGUAAGAAAAGGGUGCUUUGCCUCGCAAUGGAGGGAAAGUCAAGAAAGAAGAGAUGGAAAACCCAGGCAGAAGGAUAGCAGUGAUCGUCAACUCAUCCCGUGUCGGCACUGAUUUUCAAUAUCCUGAAAAACACAACUGUGUAUCUAUCUACCUGGGGUUAUAUCGAAAUUUUAGUAAACAGAGAUAGCUACUCAUAAUGUGCCUUAACUAUCUAUCGAUCCAAACGUUGCUUCUUGAUCUUGACAAUGAUCUCGAAAAUUAUAUAGAAUACUUUACUGAUUACUAAAUUAGUUGGUUAAUUGUGUCUAAAUUUACCUGUUCUGUACAUAUAUUUUUUGCAUUUGUGUUUCGAUUUUUUUGAUGUUGGAUAUUCAAAAGACAGAAAAAUGCUCAAGCUGUGGAAAGAAAUCCUAUUAUAUUUUGUUAGGAAUGGUUUCAGUUGAUACUCUAAAUUUUACUAAAUUGUUCCAUUCUGGUUUUAUAUAUUCCUAGACAAUCUUGCAUGAAAGUCAUUAUUACAAUCAUGUUCAGAAUUAUUCUAUUCUGAAUUUGGGAUCAUAUUGAGUUUGUUGGCAACCAUGAUGAAAAUAGACCACUUCCAACAAGAGAACAUUGCUAAUUCAAAUGGCUAACAUGGUCACUGCACAGUCUAAAUUCCAGCCAAAUAUUGAUAAAAUUGCAUCCAAUGUUAUAUGAAGGUGCCGAUUAUGGAAAAUAUUAUAAUUUGGGGCGAAAUAUUCAGGCUCGUUGGACAUUUGAAAACAACUUUUUACAUCCCCAAGUACUAAACAUUUUUAAGGCGGGAAAAGUGACUUUUUCAGCAAAAUGAUCCAUAGAUCCACUUCAUGUCCAGUAGAGAUUUUUUGGAUCUCAUUUUUUUUCUUUAUUUUUAUGAUUGUCUACGAUGGAAUAUGCUGAAGUUUGUUACGACAAUAUUUAAAAAAAUUCAGUAUUAGAUUUUACUUUACAGGGUAAGUUGAUUGUGUUUUUCAUUAAACUCUAUUUCCAUUGUGAGGUCCAUAAUGACAGUAAAAAAUGUAAGGAACCAAAUGAUGUACCGGCCAAAGAUCUUUUUACCUUUAUCAACUCAAUUAAAUAUUAUAGUUCAUGCAAGUUCCAGAACGCAAUCACAUUUUCAAUCAAAGGAGUGAAUUUAUAUUUAUGAAUGCUAUAGUAUGGUGCAAUGGUUUAAUUACUGCCUUUUUGAGUGUUUUAUUGAAUUGUUUUUGUUGAUUAUAGUUUUGUUUAACUUUUCUGUAGCAAAAUUGAAUGGUUUUUUAGGGUUUCAUUUCUGUUAUAGUGUGUCGGUAGUUCUAUUUGAUUUGUUUAAAGUUCAUUCUUGAAUUAAAUCUAUUGCAUCAAAGGAAGGUAACUAAAACUACAUUAAAAAAAGUAGGGAGAAAUGCCCUAGCUGGCAAUUAUUGGCUGAAAGGGAAAUUUUUGUGGUUUCUAACUGUUCCGGCAAUGAUUGAAAAUUGAUGAUUAGAUACUGAAAGAGACACUUCUUUAAUCUUGAAUUAAACUAAAUUUAGUGAGUAUUCUGGUAAUUGAUUGAUAUAAAAACUGGCCAGCAUUGAAAAAAAUAUAUCAAAAACAUUUUCCUUUUCAUCUUCGUUUUCUGUCUCGUACUAUAAAUUUUUAGCCAUAUUAUAUGCUUAUUAACUUGUGCAUAUUGAUAUUCUCAUUUGUCACUGUUAUGCCCUUUUUUUGUUUGUUAUUUUGAGUACUGGUUAAAAUUUUGCCUGGUUAUUUUAUUUUGUGCAUAUUUUUUGUUUUAUUGGUGGCUUUUGCUUGAAAUAUUUUCAACUAUUGUGAUUUAGUUUUGGUUAAAUUGCAUUUUAAUUUCUCAAGAGUUUCAUAUCACAAUGAGAAGUUCGUUCAGUUUUAUAUAAGAUAGAUAACCCGUCCUUUAUAAGUUCCUUUGCACAGUUUUUGUGCCGAAAAUAUGUUUAAAUAUAUAUUACAGGGAUUCAUUCCCUUUUUUCACAUGUGGUAAAAGUAUGGUUACUGUUGAUAAUUAUAAUUUAGAAUGUUAAAUUGGUCUUAGAAUUGUUAAAUACAAUGAAACUUGUUCAAACAGGACCCUGUUUUAUACAUAUGCCCAUUAACGCUUCCAUAUCCACUCAUCAGUAUUAACUUUCUUCUACUGUAAAAUAAUACCUUUUAUUUUUGUAUAUUUUGUUUCUCUCACAUUCUUCUAUCUCCUUUUCCUUCAUUUGAUUCAAAUAUAAAGUUUAAUUGUAAAUUAAAAUAUGAUGUUAACAGGUUUGGUUCAGUUACUAUACAUUAUGUCUACCAGAACCAUUUAUGGAUUUUUUCUCAUUGUUUUUGGUAAACGAUAGUUCAAAGGCAGUACCAUACUUAUUACCAACCAACUCUCUUAAAUCUUCCAUUCUAGUAACACCUCUUAUUUUCUAUUGACCUGUCCUCUACUAACCUCUUAAAAAAACUUUUCUCCUUGCAAAAUUAAUUUCAACACAAGAGGUAUUAAAAAAAUUCAGUGUGUGCCCAGGCUUCGAAAAUACCAAUAAAUAGUUAUGGACUCUAUAAUUUUGUUUAUCUAAAACUUUUACAUAUUUGAUUUCUUCAGGUCUGGUUUAAAUUGUAUCGCUUGUAAAUUUCUCUUUUAAAUGUUUCCCUAUAAAUAUACGAGUUCUUUGGAGAUA